AUGGCCACCAUCAACAUUCGUCGGGAUGUCACCGAUCCCUUCUACCGCUACAAAAUGGAGCGCCUGCAAUCCAAGAUUGAGGGCAAGGGCAAUGGUAUCAAAACCGUCAUUGUCAACUUGAACUCGGUCGCCCAAUCCCUCAGCCGACCCGCUUCGUACGUGAUCAAGUACUUCGGAUUCGAACUCGGUGCUCAGGCCAAUGCCAAGCCGACUGAUGACCGUUGGAUCAUCAACGGUGCACACGACGCCCCCAAGCUUCAAGAUUACCUGGAUGGGUUCAUCUCCAAGUAUGUACUGUGCAAGAAGUGCAAGAACCCCGAGACCGACGUCAUCAUCAAGGACGACAAGAUCACGCUUGAUUGCAAGGCCUGUGGUCAGCGCACCGACGUGGAUCCUCGUCUGAAGCUGAGCACUUUCAUCGUUCGGAACAACCCCAAGGGAGGGAAGAAAGACAAGAAAGACAAGAAGGCCCGCCGGGAGCGCAACAAGGAGAAAUCCACAGCGAACGGAGACAACGAUGCCAGCCCGGGUGAUAGUAAUCAUUCCGAGAAUGGCGACGAGAACGGAGACUUAGCCCCGGACGCCGACAGUGAUGAUGAGCUCACUCGCCGCAUCAAGUCCGAGGCCAAGGCCAUCGAAGCGGAUAGCGAGAUUGAGGACGAUAAAUGGGCCGUCGACUUCUCCGAGGAGGCUGUCAAGGCCCGCGCCAGGGACCUUCCAUCGGAUCUCAAGCGUGCCCUCGUACUGGAAGACGGCGAUGACGAAGAGGGAGAAGGCAGCUCGCCCUAUGAACAGCUGGGAAGCUGGAUCAUAAGUACCGCUGAGGAGAAUGGCGGUGUGACCAAGGUCAGCGAUGUGGACAUUUACAAGAAGGCCAAGGAGCUGGGCAUCGAGACCAAGCACAAGACUGUCGCUGUUCUGGCCCAGAGUGUGUUCGACGAGAAGAUUGUCAAGCAAAUCGAGGAUCGCGCUCUCUUGCUGAAGAAGAUGAUCACUUCUGAGCGCCACGAGAAGGCCUUCCUCGGCGGUACUGAGCGCUUCGUCGGCCAGGACCACCCAGCCCUGAUCAGCCAGGUGCCCGCUAUUCUGCUCGGCUACUAUCAGAACGACCUUGUGUCUGAGGAAACCCUCAAGUCAUGGGGUGCCAAGGCCAGCAAGAAGUACGUCGACAGCGCUACCAGCAAGAAGGUCCGCAAGGCCGCCCAACCUUUCCUGGAAUGGCUGGAGAAUGCCGAGAGCGAGGUUGACAGCGAGGAGGAUGACGAGUAG